UGCAGUGGCAAGCCUGCUUCCCGUCAAGAGCAGCUCUGCACGGCCCCUCUGUGCAGGCUCUCCACCUCCUCUUUCUCUUUCUUUCAAACACUUAAUACAUUUAGAGACUGAUCUUGUGCAGAAAAUAUCCCUGACAUUUGAAGAGCUCCAGGGAUUCAGUGAGCAUGCUCCGUGCUCCCUCCCGCUGGGAAGAGGAAGCUCGUUUACAUACGAGUCAUACCAAGCAUAGCCAGCAUGUCAGCGCAGUUAACUUGCAGCGGGCUGUGAGGAAAGCGAGCGUGGCUUUGUCCUAGGAAAUGUGCUUCGUGUUUUUCGUUUCCACUCCUUUUUUAUUUCGAAGAAAGACUCGUAAAGACUUCAGAAACGGUUUCUAAGUGCUUGAUUGAGGAUACAAAACAUAGACCAUCUACAAAUAAACCCUUGAAGGGUUUUGUGCGAGUUUGAUUUUUUUUGUGCGUGUAUUUUCCCCCCUCUUUUUUCGUUUUUCUUUUCUUUUUCUUUUCUUCCUUUUUUUGUUUUUUGUUUUUUGUUUUGUUUUUUUUUUGUUUUUUAACUUUUACAUACUUUGUUUUGAUCAUCUGAGGCUGGGCCUCCCGUCUUUGUGAAGUUUAAGAGAAAGCCAGGAGCUACUCAGCAGUAACUGAUUUUUGAAACGUACUCUUUUGAGGCGAAAGCAGAGAGCUGGUUUUCUGUGCUAGCCCAAUAAAUGCUAUUUAUGAAGAUGGAUCUGUUGAACUACCAGUACUUGGACAAGAUGAACAACAAUAUCGGCAUCCUGUGCUAUGAAGGUGAAGCUGCUCUCAGGGGAGAACCCAGGAUGCAGACCCUCCCUGUGGCAUCUGCCCUCACCAGUCACCGCACAGGUCCCCCGCCCAUCAGUCCCAGCAAGAGGAAGUUCAGCCUGGAGCAAGGGGACGAUGGCCUGGACUGUGAAAACGACCAUGCUUCCAAGAUGAGUCGCAUCUUCAACCCCCAUCUGAACAAGACUGCCAAUGGAGACUGCCGAAAAGACCCCCGGGAGCGCAGCCGCAGCCCCAUCGAACGUGCCGUGGCCCCCACCAUGAGCCUUCACAGCAACCACCUGUACACGUCCCUCCCCAGCCUCAGCAUGGAGCAGCCCCUGGCGCUGACCAAGAACAGCAUGGACGCCAGCAGGCCGGCUGGCAUCGCGCCCACGCUGACCCCUGCGGAGCGGCAGCAGAACCGGCCUUCGGUGAUCACGUGCGCCUCAGCCAGCACCCGCAACUGUAACCUCUCGCACUGCCCCAUCGCGCACAGCGGCUGUGUGGCGGCCGGGCCAGCCAGCUACCGGAGGGCCCCAAGCUCCACCACCACCUGUGACCCUGUGGUGGAGGAGCACUUCCGCAGGAGCCUGGGCAAGAACUACAAGGAGCCCGAGCCGGCGCCCAACUCGGUGUCCAUCACGGGCUCCGUGGACGACCACUUUGCCAAAGCCCUGGGUGAUACGUGGCUUCAGAUCAAGGCGGCCAAGGACGGCGCAUCCAGCAGCCCCGAGUCAGCCUCGCGCAGGGGCCAGCCCUCCAGCCCCUCGGCGCACAUGGUCAGCCACAGUCACUCUCCCUCCGUGGUCUCGUGAAGGGAGCACACCACCCUUGAACAAGAUGUCAAUCUGCAUGGUUUGCCUGAGCUUUGAACAGUCAGUGCUUAAAACACAGAAAAAAAAAAAAAUUUGUGGGGGGGUGGGGUAGGGGGAAGGGUAGGGAAGGGAUGGUUUAUUCGCAAAAACCAUGUCGUUGGGAUUUUUGUUCUGUUUUGUACUUGCUUGGUAUUCGUACCUGGGGGCCCUCCGACACGAGAGCAGGAGCUGCACGUGGAGCAUCCGAUGUAGCGUCCUACCUUCCUGCCUCAGUUACCAAAGAGACCUCUGACGCAGGUCCGCUGCCCUGACGGGGGCCAGGACUCCACGGCGCACGCUUUCUCAGUCACAGGCCAUGACGUUGGUGACUCAAAUGCUUUGUGCUUUUUAUUUGCUUCUCGAGACCAGGGUGUGUGUGGCUUAGCUUCCAUUGCGUGUUUGGUCCGGCCCGCGCGUGCGUGCGCGCGCGUCUACUUGAAGAGAACAGAGAACUGUCGCGUCUGAUUUGCACUAUUGGAGGAGGGCUAAAGUUGCCUGCCUGACAACUUUAUGUGAGAUGCUAGUACUCUGAGGGCAAACUGCUGAAAAACAAAGGGUUUAAGGAUGACAUUUCUGACCAUUUGUGUUUUUUUUUGUUUUUUUUUUUUGUUUUGUUUUAAUUUAGACAAAACAGCUUUGGAAGGGGAAGUCUCAUACAGGUUAUAGGUCUUUCUCUCUAGAUUUCAGGUGCUCGCAACUGGACUGCAGACUCUACCAAUCACGGGCAUUUUUACCUUUCCUAAACACUGCAGUUUGUUAGACUAGAGCUGAGGUUGGACGAUUCUAUAGUGCUUUCAACGUGAUGCAUGUUUUAAUGGAGAAAAAUAGCUGGUUUCUAUUAAUUGUAUAGAUAAACAAGAACCUUAAUACUUACUAGCUUCUUUUCAGAAUUAGUUUAUUUUUGUCAGUUACAGUCCUAGAUAUACUUACUGCUGGUACAGUUGUACUCUGAGAUUUGUGUUUGGUCGUCACACUACUCCUGAGCAGCGCGGGGCCGCCCGGCCCUGGAGACGGGCAGUCGAGUCGUUGGUCAGCCGCGGUGCAGGAUGCUGGAGUUUUUGCUGCCGGCUGACAUUUAUUUUUUGCAUCCCUGUCUGCUUAUUACUAGUGCCCAGGGGAGUUGGGAUUUGUGUCUUCCAACUUCCCUCCAUGCAGAAACUGUUCCCUUUCAACCCUUUUGGCUGAACAGCAGAUUACUGACAAUCUGUGAUAUGGUAUUUUGUGUGCUUCCUCGUACGCUGGGGCCAAGGCAGUAUACAUUCCUCUGACUUUAUACAGUUAUUACUGCAUUUAUUAUUGUUUGCUAUAGUAAUAGCUACUAACUAGAAAUUAGGCAAAGAAGAAAGCAUGACGGACACAGCUGUGGAUGUUGAACAGCUGCUCCUCUUUUUUGUGUUAAACGUACAUUUCUAUCCCCCCACCCCUCCACCGUGCGACAUUCCAGCCUCACCAGAGGGCUUAAGAAGACACCUGCCCUGGUGACACAGGCGUGACCGCCUCCCCUCCCCCCCGUGAGGCACCAUGGACUCUCGGGAGCCCUCCAGGCUGGUUUUCAGUGUAAGAAAAAUACAAGUUAGCUGGUUAAUUUUGAAAAUGGUCACUGGGAAAAAAAGGUCAGCGGAUUGGCUCUUGCUGUGGUCACAGGGUGGCCGCAGGUCUUUCAAAAGGCGAAAGAAAAGCCCUUCUCCUCUUGCCCCUGCACACAUUUCACUCCCACUUACUGGGCUUCCAGGCUUUCGCGUUCAGGCCCCUAUAUUUUCUGUAGGAAGAAAUCAGUGAGAACACUUUUUUUAUAUAGGUAACUUUAAGACCAUCAUUACGCUGUGCGUAAAGAAUGUACAGAGAAAUUUGUAGGUAUUUUUUGAAGAACAAUUAAUUUGUUAAUGAUAUGUAGCUAUUUAAUUUUCCCCUUUCCUAUUGUAAUCAUUUUUUUUUUGGUUUGGAAAAAAAAGUUGAUCUUUUUUUUUUUUUUUUUGUCGUAGAUUUGUCUGUAAAAGUGCAGGAACACAGUUAUUCUAUGAGAACACUGCAUCUGCCUUAAUAGCCACUAGUUUGUUAUUGCUACAGGCUACUGAGCGUUCACAGGAAAACAACCCCACUGCCGGUGGGCUCUGUGAAGAGCAGGCUCCUGGGACAGCCAUCUAGUCUGUCCCCAAGCGAGGCCAUUGCUUUGGGAGGAACGGCCCUGGGGCGCUGGCCUAUCUGGGAUAGGCGGUACCCUGGAGGGGCACCGGCAAGUGGGGAAGCAGAAAACCAAACAUUUCACUGGGAAAGGACACACUCCCUGGCCUCGGGAGGAGCACAGUGAGUUCUUCACAGAGCCACGCCGUUGCAGUGAGUUCUGACCGUUCUCUCCAUGUUUGUAAAUCUGUAAUAUACCAUUCUCUGUGGCCUGUUUUCCUGGAAGAAAAAAAAAAGGUUUGGCAGGCCAUCUUUUUUUUUGUACUUAAAAGUAGCCUUAAGAACAAUAAUAAAGUGCUCUUAAACCACA